AUGGGUGCCGAUAGGAUUAAAUGCGAGUGUUCGGUUGUGCAACGGGUACUUUCAUUGGAAGAUAUGUCCAGCACCAGAAGCUACGUUGGUUGGAGCAUGUGUUGUGUAUGUCUAACCAUCGUUUGCCGAAGAGUGCUAGAUUCCACGCCCAAUUCAGAGUGGCGUAAGCAGAGGGGUGAACAACUAUUGACUUGGCAGAAGUGUAUGAAGGAGACCAUGAAACGCUUGGGUGUUGUCAGUGCUAUCCGCUUUCCAGGGUGGGGACUGCGUGACCAUUACUGCGCCUUGUUGAAUACACUGCAAAAUAUGGCUGCCAACGAAUGUCCGCUAGUCCAGCUGAUCCUCCGGGGUCUACAUGGGCAUCAGCGGCUCCGACAAGAUGGUUUCAGCUUUGAAUUUGGCUCCGACUCGGAUGCCAACCACUCAGUGAUUCGUCUGGAAUUAAAAGACAACCUCUAUUGUGGACCUACUCAGGCAAGGGAAUCAUUUGAUUCUGACUCUCUAUUUGACCCCGUUGUGUGUUGGCCUUCGAAUCGCUUGUGGAUUACAAGCAAACCACAAGGCUGGAAUUCAACUUGUGGAUCAAGACCAGCCAUAGACUGGUUUGGCGAGAUGGCUCAAUGGUUUGAGCGCGAAUUUACUGCCCGGAAGGCCCGUCUGAAAACGCUGGAUGUCAAGAGCAAGUCAGCAUCGAGUACUCCCGGAUUUAUGAGGAAGCUUGUCGGCAAGGCUAGGCAUUCUGAAGAGGAAUCCGACAAGAAUCGUCAUAAACUCAUCAACUUUUCCCUGUUUAAGUCUGAUGUGAUGGAUGCGGGCGCAAUUGAGGCCGAAGGAAACAAUGGCCAUGUCAUUGACGGCUGUCCAAAGGAGAACAGAUCUCACACAAAUACAGACGCAUCAACUGCCACUCAAAUUUUGAGCGAAGAGGUCGCCAAUUCUACACAAAAUCAAAUUCCAAAGCAAUGGCCAGAAUUGGUUUAUCGGAUAGUCCACUUGCCAGUUUGUACAUCCCAAUCGGAACCUUCAGAUAUGUCCUCCACUUCCAUAUCUCCAUUAUGCAAGAAUUCUGACGCUUCCAACAGAAAACUAAACGGGUCAAUCGAAUCUCUGUCGGUUUCACUAGACGCGAUCAAACGAAAGCUCGUAGCGAACGUUUUCUGCGCCUGGCUGAGCCACAUGCGUCUCAUGAGGUUCGUUCGGAAGAAUCUGAAAUGUUUGGUAAUGCCAAAAUCUGGGGUUGAGUGCCCCGGGACGAGUGGGUUAACUUUUGAGCGAUGGAGCGAACUCUUUUUGCAACUUUCUGAGGAAGACAGGAAGUUUUUAUAUUUGAACCCAAAUUGCACGAAAUUUGCGAAAUACACUAAUUUGCAAACGAAUUUGGUUUUGCGAGAGACUUACCUGGAACCCGGCUAA